AUGGAUUUUCCUGCAUCUUUGAAGAGAUCAUUCGGAUCUCCUCGCUCAAACAACAACUCACGGAAGAUUUCCGCCGGCGCCGUCGAUAACUCUCACCACGAACACCUUCCCAUCCUUUCUGAUCACGACCACGAAGUCAUCGUUAAGAUCGACGGCGGAGAUAGGGUUGACGAAGGAACGUUUAAGCGGGGAUCGAGUUCCGAGUUCUUCAAAGACACACAGCGAGGCAGCGGUGACAUGGAGGAUCCGCCGUCAAGGCUCAUCAGCGAGUUUUUGAACAAGCAGAAGGAUGCGGGAGGCGAAAUGACGUUGGAUAUGGAUUUGGAGAUGGAUGAGCUUCGCGAUGGAAGCAAUUGUAGCAAUGUUGUAAAUCAGAAUGCAGAGAGUCCGAUCAAAGGUACGCUCAAUAAUGAAAGCGUCAAUCCAAAUUGUAGGGCUCCGAAUUCGAGAGAAUUGAGAGUUUCGUUUCAACAGCCUGAUCAAUCGUCUAAGGUACUUGAUAUUGAGCCGGAUGACGAACGAGGAGAUCAAGCGACGCAACUUCGAUCAUCAUCAGAUGAAGAACAAUUUGACGAUAUUCUAUUACAAGAACAACAACAUCACAGACGGAAAUCGGGCAAUUUGAGCAAUUCGAAUAACCGCGCCGACGAGAAAGGCGCAGGCGAGGUUUUAAAAUGCACCUCGUUCCAAAGGAGAGCUACUAUAAUGAGAACCAAGACUCAACAAUCCAGAUUGAUAGAUCCACCAGAAGUUGAGGUUCAGGUUCAAUUAUCAGGACCAGGAGGUAGGUCAGGGCAAUAUAGAUCAGGGUUAAUAACACGCGCCUCAGGGAUAUUGACAAGAGGCGAAAACGAAGAAGAGGAUGAUUCCCUGUAUGAGGAAGAUAAUCCAGACGAUUUUAAAAAGGCCAAACUGGAUGCAAUUACAAUCGUCCAAUGGAUCAGCCUUAUUUUGAUCCUGACUGCCUUGAUUUGCACGCUUACUAUCGACCAAUGGAAGCAAAAAGUACUAAGGGGACUUCACAUUUGGGAAUGGGAGGUUUUGGUGCUUGUUUUGAUAUGCGGCCGAUUGGUUUCUGGUUGGGGUAUAAGAUUUGUUGUUUUCUUUAUCGAGAGAAAUUUCCUUCUGCGCAAACGGGUUCUAUAUUUCGUAUACGGAAUCAGGAAGCCAGUUCAGAAUUGUUUCUGGUUAGGUUUGGUUUUGAUUGCAUGGCAUUACAUGUUCGAUGAGAAAGUUGAAGGCCAUAACAGGUUCCUCAGGGUUGUAAACAAGUUGAUGGUGUGUAUGCUAGUGGCUACAUCCUUGUGGCUUGUCAAAACCCUCAUGGUUAAAGUACUUGCAUCUUCGUUUCAUGUCAAAAAGUUCUUCGAUCGGAUUCAAGAAGCUUUGUUCAACCAAUAUGUGAUCGAGACCCUCUCGGGCCCUCCCUUGGUUGAGAUCCGAAACAAUCAGAUCGAAGAAGAGAAGACACUGGCAGAAGUACAGAGACUUCAGAAUGCAGGUGCCAACGUGCCUCCAGAACUUGGGGAGACUGUGCUCCCAUCUAAGAGUGGGAGAAUGUUCGGCAGCGGACGACUACAACCACCUCCAGUUAGCAUCAAGGGUUCUGAUCAGCCCCGCAAGAUUGACGAAAAAGAGCAAGGGAUAACAAUUGAUCACUUGCAUAGACUUAACCCCAAGAACGUAUCCGCAUGGAACAUGAAGAGGUUGAUGAGAAUCGUCCGGCUGGGUACGUUGAGCACAUUGGACGAGCAAUUACAUGACAUGAAUAGACAAGAGGAGGAUGAAACAGUGACACAAAUCAGAAGCGAAAUCGAAGCCAAACGUGCUGCUCGCAAGAUUUUCUUGAAUGUGGCCAGGGCUGGCUCCAAAUUCAUCUACCUCAGUGAUCUAAUGCGCUUCUUGCGAGAAGAUCAGGCUGUGAAAACCAUGGCUCUUUUGGUAGGAACGCCUGGAGAUGAAAAAAUUAGCAAGGGAGCUUUGAAGACUUGGGUGGUUAACGCAUUUAGAGAAAGAAAAGCACUCGCCUUGACACUUAACGAUACAAAAACAGCAGUGAACAAGUUGCACCAAAUGGUGAACGUGUUAGUUGGCAUCAUUAUUGUGGUUGUUUGCCUUCUGAUACUGAACAUCGCGACAAGCAAGUUCCUAGUUUUUAUAAGCUCCCAAAUCGUGGUGGUGGCAUUCAUCUUUGGCAACACCUGCAAGACCAUCUUCGAGGCCAUCAUCUUCUUGUUUGUCAUGCACCCUUUUGACGUGGGCGAUCGUUGUGAGAUCGAUGGAGUUCAGAUGAUCGUAGAAGAGAUGAACAUUCUGACUACCGUAUUCCUGAAAUGGGACAACGAGAAGGUUUAUUUUCCAAACAGUACACUUGCCACGAGAGCCAUCAGCAACCAUUUCCGUAGUCCAGACAUGUGGGAUUCAAUCGAUUUCUUCAUCCAUAUUGCUACUCCGGCCGACAAGUUGGUUAUCAUUAAACAAAGAAUUAUCAACUUCAUCGAGAGCAAGAAGGAUCAUUAUUAUGCGAGCGAUAUAACGAUGGUGUCGUUGAAUUUGGAGGAGUUAAACAAGAUUAAGCUGCAAAUAUGGUGGAGACAUAAAAUAAACUUUCAAGACAUGGGGGAGAGGUACAUAAGAAAAGGUGCAGUCAUUGACGAAAUGAUUCGACUCUUUAGAGAACACGAUGUCGAAUACCGACUCUACCCCCUCGAUAUCAACAUCAAAACCAUGCCAACGCCCGUUACACCUACUCGGGUACCACCGACAUGGGGAGCCGUACCUCCAUCCUAA